AUGAGACCAACGUCAAGAGUGGUCCUGCUGAAAGCCUACGGUCCCGAUGGUUUCUCAUUCUACACGAACUACAAUAGCCGAAAAGGACGUGAACUGCAGGAAAAUCCAUACGCUUGUAUGCUGUUCUACUGGCCAGUUGUAGAUAGGCAGGUACGGGUAGAGGGUAAAGUGAGUAAACUUCCACAAGAAGCCGCUGUAAAGUAUUGGAAUUCGAGACCGUUAGCCAGUCGAAUUGGUUCAAAAAGCAGUGAACAGAGCACGGUUAUACCGAACAGAGAGGUAAGUAACGUUUCAAAUGUAGGUCUCCUUGCAAUCUCCCUUCCUACCUUUGAGGCACAUUCCGCGAUCAUCGCGUGGGUGGAGUCCCCUGCAUAUAGAAUAUAG